ACACACACACACUCCCUCUGCCUCAUACACAAACACACAACUGGUCAGGACAGAUGGCGGAUUCACAGCGAACAUCUGAACCCAUCAACUUUGUGCAUCAAGAUGAAAUCUGGAAAGCACAUGUGAAAGUUGAGAAGGAUUCAGCUGACGUCUGGCCCAACAAGUGGGGCUUCCUGACCAAGGUCUACAAGGAGUACAUGAGUGAGAGUGUGAAGCUGAAGGAGGCGGUCAGAGUGGAGCUUCCUCAUCACCUAGCAGCACGACCUCCGACCCCUCCAGAAAAAUACAUCAAAGUUGACCCCUCUCCUCCAGUUCCUCAGACAACUCAGGCCCUGAUUGGUUGGCGUUCAGGUCACUCACAUCUUCAUCUGGAAAAGUAUGGCGUGGUGCAUCACGGGAGGCGUAGUUUUCUGAAGGAGCUGGGCUGGCCUCUAGAUGCUUGCAGCUGACUAUAAGCAACCAUUCUUCUUGGCUAGUCACUAACUCAGUGUUGUGGAAGAAAAUCAGAGGGAUUAUGACCAUGUAAAGUAUUGA